AUGGGCCUUGUCCGAAGCAUUGCGAUUGUGGUGCUAAGCAUCUCGCUGAUCGUCUUCAUUGCGCUGUUCGGCCGACUUCCAACUUUGCGGAGAACGCCGAUCGCCUUUCUGCAUCGACUGCUGUGGGUGUACAUUCCCAAUGUCCUGGGCCAUGUUGACGAACGCCUGACUGGCCGGCGCAUUACGCGCAGUCUGGCCCGGACUGGGGAUUAUCUGAUGAAUGAGAAACACCCGCUUGUGCUUAUCUUCUUCGUCGGUCUACAACUCAUUGGCGAGACCUUGUUCAUUCCCGCAGCAUGGGACCGGCUCUCGUUUGCGCAGAUCGCGCCGCUUCCCCCGCUGAUCAUUGCGCCGCUAUGGUUCCUUUACCUCUGCAACACGACGGACUCGAACAUCACGCCCCAGAACCACCGGUCCGCCAUGCUCGCUUAUCCGUAUGACUAUGCGUUGUUCCACCCCGGGUACUUCUGCUCGACGUGCCGGUUCGCCAAACCCCCACGUAGCAAGCACUGCUCGAUCUGCAAGGCGUGCGUGCAGAAGCAGGACCACCACUGCAUCUGGAUCAACAACUGCGUCGGCCGGGCCAACUACCUGUGGUUCAACGCCCUGCUGGUGAGCAUUGCCGCGCUGCUCGUCUACGGCAGCCAUCUGGGCCACGGCCUGCUGGACGCGCGGCUGCAGGACCGGCUUGUCCCGCCCGCGCUCACGAGGGGCAGUCUCACGAGCAAGAGGUGGAGCACGCGUCUGUCGUGGAACGAAUAUGCGCAUGCCUGGGCGUGGGCCAUCGCCGUGGAGUGGCGCAUCGGGGCAGUCGUCAUGUUGAGUCUCAUGUGUGUUCCCCUGGCGUUCGGGUUUCUGGCGUAUCAUCUGUACUUGGUCUGGGCCGGGAUGACGACCAACGAGUCGUCCAAGUGGAGCGAUUGGAAGGAGGAUAUCAAUGACGGCGUGGUCUACCGGGCGGAGAUGAAGGCGCUGAGGGAGACGUUCCCGCCCUUGCCGGAGGAUGUGCAGCCGCGCGAUGAGGACGUCAAGUGGCCCCGGGGCGUGCGAGCGCGGUGGUGGCUUGUGCGUACGAGGGAUGGGGAGAGGCCGAAGAAGAGGAGGAAGCCCAAGCGGGAUGGUAGGGUAAACACCCCUGGAAACGACGUGGAUGAGCGCGAGGACCUCGGGCAGGAGCAGGAGCAGGAGAAUGAAGAGGAGCCGGAUGGGAGAUGGGAGAAGGUGACCAGCAUUGCGCAGGUGGAAAACCUCUAUGACUUGGGGUUCUGGGAUAAUUUGCUCGAUGGCCUGUUCAAUCGCGGUUGA